AUGCCAAUCAAACGACUGCCUUUUGAAGAGUGGACUCAUCUGAAGGGCUUACCGUUGGCCGACCCUAACUUCGUCAGUCCACAAGGAGUUGAUAUUUUGCUGGGAAAUGACGUCUACGAUGAGCUGAUGUUAGGAGAAGUGCAUCGAGGAAUACGUGGUAUGCCUCUGGCGCAUAAUACGCAUUUCGGAUACAUUGUAUCAGGAAAAACGAAUCAAGAAGAUGGUAGGAGAUCGUCCUACACCAUAACGGAACGAAAGAAAGAAGCUGAUGAGAUACUUGAACAAUUGUUAUGUAAGUUUUGGGAGCUAGAACAAUUCGACGAGGAGCCACGUGGGGUUUCAGAAGAGGAUAACUGGUGCGAAGAUUUCUUCGUUAAGACACAUAGCCGAAUGCCGUCUGGGAAAUAUGUUACGGUUGCGUACCGAUACGAGUUUGAAGAACGCUUGGGUCAAAUGGAACGUGUAACGUCACGGACUAGUAAGACGGGUAAUCCUGCAUUGGGGGGAGUCGAUCAUUGUUACCUACCGCAUCACCCAGUCAUAAAGGAAUCGUCAUCAACUACGAAGGUACGAGUUGUCUUCGAUGGAUCGAGCAAGACGAGUAAUGGAAAAUCACUUAAUAAGAUUCUAGCAAUAGGUCCAAAAUUGCACGGAAAAAAAUUCUUCAAGGAAUCAUUCUCAAUUGGCGAGGGCUAA